GUUGUCGCGGCGUCCAUGGAAACUUUGUGUGCUUUUUUUUCCUUCCUGAAAGUUUACGCAGGGCUGUUGUUGCGCGCAUCCAACAUGACAGAGAAAGUAACGGACAUCGCGGCUGGCAGUGAUUCCCUGCUGUGCUGGUUACUGCAAUGAAUGGUAACACUGUCCAGCAGACCACGAGCACUGCACCGUUCGUAGCACCUCCUUGUGGAUGGAGGGAGUUCUGCGAGUUGCAUGCCAGCACCACAGCCCGAGAACUUGCCCAGCACUACCGGCGCUUCGUCAGAGAGCGGCCGGUGCAGGAUGUGGUCCCGCCGGAAAGUUUCUCGAAGCAGUUCAGCGCCCUCUUCCAGCACCACUUCAGCAGCGAGGUGGCUAAAGAUGCAGAACCUGCCCCACGUCUGCCGCCACCACCACCCUUACUGCCCAUGACUGCCCGCUUACGCAUCACUUCCUUCUCAGGGGUGCUGGACUACCGGGAGACCGUGCGGCCAGGAGUGACUCCGCUAGUUGCCGUGUUGGCACCCAAACCAGAUGCCGCCGGCGUCCCUAGGGAACAGGAGCAGUUGCUGCGCUGCUCUCCUGCAGACACUACACAUAGAACGCGGCAUCAUAGCCAGGAAGAUGAACACCCGGAGCGGAGGACCGGGUCUGAACAAUAUUCUCCCCCUUUGUUUCCCUUUCCUUCCCGUAGUGACAUAACCCACUUUUCCGUCAGGGGCAUUCGAGAAAGCGUAUGCCGAUUCUUUAAAAAAUCCCUGCAACUUGACGAAUCCUCAAGUGGUUUCCCAAGGGAGGAUUCGAUCAAAGGGGCCGGACCCUCGGCGAGUGUUGAAUGCAGCUCUCAAACCCCACCUCAGACUGUGCAGGUACCCGCCCAUCGCACCUCGCAGAAGGGUGCGCGGUGGGAACGAUGGAAUCCGUUGCGAACUGUGAGACGGAGGCAAGAGACAGGAAGUGUUUGUAAAGAGGGGCAGCUGAGGUACCUGGAGGUGGAUGACACUAUCUCAGACACAUCCCCGCAUUGGUUGCGCUGCCGCCUGCAGGUCAGGAGGAUCAACGAACAAACCACUAGUGAGAGGUACCAGCUGGAGCUCUAUGACCCACCUAAGGACCACAAAACGCCAAAGCUCACUGUACCCUGUUCGGACAUCCAAGAGAUUCGACGCUGUAAUCGCCUAGAGAUGCCAGACAACUUGAACACAUUUGUCUUAAAGGUUACUGGUCAUCCGGGUAGUUUUAUAUUUGAGGCUGAUAAUGAGCAGCAGGUGAGCUCUUGGACCACAGAGCUCAGAGAAUGCAUUACCAGCAGGUCAGAUAGUGUGGAUGGAGAACCGUUUCCUGUUAGCGACUCGCUCAACGCAGCUCGCAGAGGGAGCACAGAGCCCGGCGGCCAGGGCUCUCUGGGUUUUGGACUCGCAGAGCACGCCUACAAUAAAACGGAUCACUUCCUGUCCUCUUACCCAUGGUUCCAUGGGCCCAUAUCACGUGUGCGGGCUGCCUACCUUGUACAGCAUGCCGGGUUCAGUGGUCAUGGGAACUUCCUCGUGAGACAGAGCGAGACGCGGAGAGGAGACUACGUCCUCACGUUUAACUACCAGGGCAGAGCAAAGGUAACGAGGCCUGAUCAUCAUCGUCUUCAUCAUCAUCAUCGGAAUAUCAUUUUUCCUCUUGUGCUUUGUGGUUUAGAUGGGUUUUAGUAGUUCUGUGAGACUUGACACAAGGAAACAUGCCUUCUCUCAAACACAUACUCAUCGGAAAUAUUUCACUUUUGCGUUAAUAUUUUCUCUUGCAUCUCUCUAGGUCAGAGUUCGGCUAUUGGCUCUCCGUUAUUGGUGCCCUUCUCUCGCUGGAGCUCAGAGCCGAGUCUGGCUCACUGUUGUCCCGAUUCUUGCCCUCACUCCAGCCCCUCCACGGCCCAGUCUUCAGCAUUAGCCGCGCUCCAGCACCACGUGCCCCUUUCAUUUCCAGAUCGCCCCAUUCCCGUCCCCCUGCGCCGGAGCGAGUCGGUGGGCCGCAGAAACCUGCUCCGCCACCCCAACCUGCUGCCGCCCCUACUGUCCAACCGGGACUCUGACUACGAACUGGAGCCUCCCAACAGGGGGCGCAAAAGAGCCAUCGACAACCAGUACAUGUUCUUCUGACAGAGACAGAGGAUGAAAAAGAAAACAAAAGAAGCCACAGAUGAAAAGUGCUCCAGAAUUCCCGCCCGGAUGGAGAGCAUGCGGAAGCCAAAAGAGUUCGAGUCGUGCGAGAUUGCGCACGAGACUCGGGGUAGAGGCACGGGUGGCACUCGUGUGUUGCACGUGUGUCUGAACGAUACUGCCAGACACCUGACACCCAACCCUGCCAGCUGUCUACCUUGUGAAUGUAUUAUACAGAUGUUUCACUAUCAAAUCGGUGUAGAAAAACUAAAGUAGGAAGGUGAAGUAGACAGCUGCUUAGAGGAUUUGUUGGAAGUAGCAGAUGGGAACGUUUCACGACGGCUGGUGAGUAAGUCGUACACAAAGCAAGGGUCUAAUCAAACACGUCUGUGUCUACACUGGAAGCGGCCGACAUCACAACAACUUGAGGCCGUCUGCACUGGAUACGUUCACAGUCA